UUGCCGGCUUGUUUUCAACUGUAAUAACUGGCUGCCCACUUCCAUGGCCAGCACGACUGUGAGUCACUCGCAGCUCGACUGUGUUCCAAGGCAAAGACGUUCUGUACUCUUCAACUUGAGAUCCUCUGUCUCGUUCAUCACGUUCGUGGCGUCUUACGCCGUCUUUACCGAUAGCUUCUUGUACGGACUGAUUGUCCCUGUGGUUCCUACUGCGCUCAAUGACCGACUCGGGGUAUCCAGAAAUGACGAGCAAACAUGGACCUCGAUCCUGAUCGCGCUCUACGGCGCUGCUCAAUUCUCUGUUGCACCCCUCAGCGGCUACGUCUCCGAUCGCAUCCAGUCGCGGUGGUGGCCCAUGGUGGCCGGAGUGCUGACCCUCGGCGCGGGGACGGCGCUGCUCUGCGCGGGGAACCGCAUUGGCUUUUGGAUCGCAGGUCGUCUCCUCCAGGGGGCCGCCGCCGCCAUCGUCUGGACCGUCUCGUGCGCAUUGCUGGUGGAUACGGUUGCCGAGGAGCAGCUGGGCCACGCCAUGGGGUAUAUGAGCAUGGGUAUGACCAUCGGGAACCUCAUCGGCCCGCUCAUCGGCGGUGCGGUCUAUGAGCAUGCCGGGUACUACUCGGUCUUCAUCGUGGCGUUUGUGCUGAUCGGCCUCGAUCUGGGCCUGCGGCUGCUGAUCAUUGAGAGGACACAUGCCCCCGAGCCCGUUCGUGGUGGUUCGGGCCGGGGACCUUUCCUGGCCGACCCUGCGCGGGAACCGGCCGAACAACCCGAGGAUGAGUCCGAACCUGCUGCACCUCCAGCGCUGCAGUCGCAUACCGGUCUCCAGGGCCUCUGGAGACUGUUCUCCUCGCCUCGGAUUCUGGUCGUCCUCUGGACGUGUCUCGUGAUCUCGAUCGUAAUUUCCGCGUUCGACAGCGCCUUACCGCUGUUCGUCCAGGACGCCUACGCAUGGGCGCAGACCGCGCAGGGGUUGAUCUUCAUCCCGUUCCUCGUGCCCAGCCUUCUGGGCCCGCUGGUCGGUUGGAUCAACGACCGAGUCCCCUCCAAGCAUCGUCGGCUUUUGGCCGGCGGGGCGUUGUUGCUAAGUGUGCCCCCGGCCGUCCUUCUUCGUCUGGUCUCCGACAAUGACCUUGCGCACAAGGUCCUCCUCUGUGUCCUGCUCCUCCUGCUAGGAGUGUGCAUGAGUCUGUUGUUCCCCUUGGUCCUGGCGGAGAAUUCGUAUGCCGCGGCCGAGAAGGAGCAGGAGGCCCCGUCGACCUUUGGCACCCAGGGGGCUAUGGGCCUGGCGUACGGCUUGGCCAACUCCGCCUACGCGGCUGGCUCCAUUGCCGGCCCUCUGCUGGCGGGCUACAUUCGCCAAGGUGCGGGUUGGGCCACGAUGACCGGGGUGUUGGGCUUACUGACGGGGGUCUCGACUCUCCCUGUACUGUUCUGGUUUGGAGGCGUCGUGCCAUGCAGAAAGAUCGUGAGCUGGUAAGGGGAUGGAGGGGAGCUCCCCGUGUCUCAUCCAUACUGCACGCGUUCACCGUAUUCGUCGAGGGGGUGUAGUCUUCGCCGCAUCGUGGCAAUG